CGGAAAAUAAACAAACAGUAUUUCUCAAGUGCUCGCGCGAAAGUGGGGUGUAGGCGGCGUAGCAGUACAGACAGUACUAAGGAAGAUUAUCAAGAAACAUUCUUUCAAAAAUGCUGCCGACAAAAUUUAUAACGCCAGCUUCGCCAGCACUACACUGCCCUACGUGUGAGAAUCUUUUCACGGACCCAGUCAUAUCGACUCGAUGCGGCCAUACCUUUUGUCGAAUGUGCAUCACGGAAAAUAUAUCGUCUCGAGGGAAUGUGUCAAAUUCUGUAUGUCCUGUGGAUAAUAUACCUUUCCAUCGUGCAGAUUUGGUUUCAAAUAUCGCCUUAAAGGGGCAAAUAGAUGAUUUAGAAAUCCAUUGUCAACAUGGCUUGGAUAGGGUGGACUCGGACGAUGAAUUUCAUUUAGAUGAAGAGGGGUGCCCCCAAGCCAUCAAAUUGGGGAAGAGGGUUGAACAUGAAGAGAAGUGCCCGUACGCACUGGUGCCGUGCCCGAACAGCGCAAAUCAUUGUGGGAAGUUCCGUAGACGAGAUCUUGACGGUCACUUGGAAACAUGUCCACGGUACCCCUGCAAGUAUCGGAAUGAAGGUAAGGGCUCAGCCCCCCCCCCCCCCGCCUCCCUCAACCCACCGCAGAGGUUGGUCUUGAGAGGUGCAGGUAUGGGGCUGUUGACAUAAUAGGGUACCCAAUCACAGACUUGUUCUGCCAUGGGGGUGAGGCUAGCAAUAAAGAAUUCACAAACACAAAUAUUAAUUAAAUUAACCUGCAGACACGUCCAGAAAGCACGUCACUUUGGCUAUACAUGCACAGUUAAAGCCUAACAUUUCAAUCACAAACCGAGGCUCUAUUUGACUAUAGCCAAGGUGACAUGCUUUCCGUGUGUAUUGUAGGACUAUUUGACUAUACCCCUAAUAAAUUACUGUAUAUAUUAGUUACACUGUAGUUAUCAAAAUUUUUAUAUUGAUGCAGGAUUGACAGCAAAGUGCAUUGGUAGACCAACUAUGUACAAGGUCGGGCGGGGACAAAAUACCCGGGGCCCAGAGGGGCCCGGAAAUCUUUGUAAAAUGUUUGUAUAUUGUUUAUCAUUGGCAAUUUCCAGAGGGACGGGCCCGUGUUCACAAAUCGUCAUUUUGUCCUGGGGCCCGUGGUUGGCUCUCGCUGGCCUUGACUACGCACCAAUCAUGUAAAAUCUACACCCCUCCUUGCUAUCAUAAGCAUUGAUCGUGAGGUCUGGCUUGCCAUUGAAAAUUUUAAUCCUUAGAACGCAUGGAUAAUUCCCCACUCUCUAAUUUUUUGUAUCAUUGCCAUUUUCAAAAAGGUUGUGAAUUUUGUGGCACAGAGAAAGACGUGAAGGAACACAUGGAAACUUGUGUAAAUAAAAUUUCUGUUGAAGAACAGGUUGGCUCACUUUGAUUGUGUAUACUUGGCAAGUUCAACUAUUGACACUUGGGUGCAAGCAUGUUAGAGUACAUGUCAUAACCUGCAUUGCGCCAGACUUUGUUUUACUCUGUCAAAUGACAUGCAAUUUUGGUGGUGCUCAAUGGAAUUACCACCAUUAUCUUGCUGUGAUGCCUGCAGAUUGACUAUCACCUGCUGCACGAUAGUAGUGAGUGAAAUCCAUCAUUCUUUUAACAUUUAGGACAGGCUUCCUCCACCCAAUAAUAAUGACAGAUUUUCAACAGGAGUGGAAAAUGUCGUUGUCCAGUUAGUUCAGCGUGUUUCUUGGUUAGAACAAAAUCAAGUGUCUAUGGCUGAACAGUUACAACGAUGCACUGAGUAAGUUUAUAUAUAAUAAAGCACACAAUCUGUGAGUGUUUUAAAUGGCUUAAAAAACAACCCAUCUUAUGAGUUCAUUGGCAAAGUAAUUUAAGAAUCAAUGUUGUCUAAGUCGGGAAAAUCAAAGCUAAAGUUUAUGUAAAUUAACAUGAUUUUUUAUCACAUUUCUUUUCCACAUGAAUUACAGUAUUAAUGAUUUUUUUAAUUAAGAGUACCAAGUCACUUUACAGUAUUUCAAUUGUAGUUAUUGAUAUUGACUCUUCCAGUGCCAUAUCCUCAUUAGAGACAACCGUCGACAGGCUAUCUCAUCAAUUUGAACGUAUAGUUGGCAGUCAACUCAGUCGUCCUGUCCGUCACGCUGUGUCAACCUCAUCCAUUGUCGAGGGAAACUCUCUGGAUAUUGAUGUGACUAAAAAACAGCGGUCACCAGUCUCUCCGAGGAUUCGUAGUACAACCGAGGUUUUUGCACUGCCGUCAGUGCCGAGUGCCACACCCAGUAGUGAAAUCUGGAGAAUGCCCUUUAUGUUCAAAUGUCUGGGAACUUUGAGGUAAGGAUUACAUUGUGCAAAAAUAAUUGUAUUCUCAUUUUGCAGGUUGUUGCAUCUCUGCCAACCAAAGCUUGUUAGUAUUAUUAAUUGGCACUACCUACACUGGCACAUACAGUUCAAGAAAACAUUCAGUGUACUGCUCGUUACGUUGGGUGCGUGAGAAUACAUCCUUUCGGAUUGAUUAAUUUACUGACACUUUGUGGACGUGUGUAUUAUAUUGUAUUCUACUUUUCAACUAUUCUCUGCAUUUAAACGACGAGCAAUUAUCCACUUGUUUCAAACAAAGGUAAGUCAAGGUGGACUUAAAUUGGAUCGCCAGCAAAUCGCAACUCUUUUAUUUUCAGAGGUCAUCAAGAACCAAUCUUUGCUAUGACAUGCCGUGGCGGUAAACUGUACAGUACAGGCAGGGAUAUGUUGAUCAAAGUGUGGGAUACAGAGGAUGUGACGAGGGGAUGUAUAGCUACAAUCAAAGGACACACUGAAGUUGUAUGUCUGAUACUAUAAAGGUUCAGAUUUCACUACCACUAUGCCUCGCUGGCUUAGUACGCAUCUGAUUGGUUAAUCGGAUAUAUCAAACACAUCUGAUUGGUUAAUGAUCCCUGGUAGUGGUAGUCAAAUCUGAACCUCUCUAAUGGAGGGGUUUCGGUGGCGCAGUUAUCAAAGCAAGCGCCUUUCACCUCCAGUCUCGCCACGGACUCACACGAAAAGAGUCGGUCAAUGCUUUGCCAAUUAAAGUCGUGGGUUUUCUCUGGGUGCUCCGGUUCCUCCCACAGGGAAAGUUGACAGGGUGGGUUAGGAUAAACACAGUUAAGAAAUUAAUAUCACAAUUGUUGUAAAGAUAAAAUAGUCUACAUGCGUAAAAAUUGAGAAAAUCAACAACUUGUUGCAAGUUGAUAUCGACAGGCAUGAACAAGGUUGUGCGGCCCACUAUGAACAGUAUUGUCAACAUGUUGUUACAGCAUUGUUCAACUAUAACAACUUGGAACCAGGGUGUUAGCCAGGCGGCCGUCCGACCGACGGCCACUUCUGCAUUCGGACGGCUAAACUUUUAUGGACGGCCAUGGACGGCCAAAGGGAAUAUUUUCUUUAAAUAGCAAUUUACAAGCUUUGUAAUAUUUCUUGAAUACUUCGAAUUGUUGUCAUCUGCUCUUUACCUUACAUGGUAUAUGUUUUCAUACUUUUUCCCGUCGAAAACACGUUGAAUAUGGCUGAAUUGAAGUAUCGACAGAUGCGUGUGGAUUGAAAAGUAAAAAGGUUCAACGAAUAGAACACCACAAUUCCACAACAACAAAAAAUUGCGGCCACGCCCAAAAACAUGUGACCACGCCCACAAAAAUUAUUUUGGACGGCCUCUUUUGAAAUCCUGGCUAACACCCUGCUUGGAACAACAUGGUUGACAACUUGUUCAUAGUUGGCCGCACAACAUUGUUCACACCUGUCGAUAUCAACUUGCAACAACCUGUGCAUUUUUAGCCGUGUAGGUUAAGUAUGUAAUUAGGUAAGGGUAAUACUUGAUGUAAAGCGCAUUUGAUCACAUUCACAUGUAAAUUGUGCUAUAGAAAUGCUAAUGUUAAUAAGGGUCAUUAUACCUUAUUGGUCCAGUUCACUUACAGGAGAUCUGGGGGAAAUCUCUCAAACUCUCACAUGCAACUGAGAUGAAAUUAUGAUCAGACAACUGCAUAUUGCAGGAAUAAAACUCCCCAGUGAAACAUACACCUCUUCAUUUAUCCCAAUGUAUUCCAGAUUCAUGCGAUAUGUUCCACUCGGACAAUGUUAUACACAACUGGCGCUGAUAAGUCUCUUUGUUCCUGGAACAUGAACUCUUUGUCGGAGCAAAAGCGUAUUGCUGUAAGUGCCACGAUCUAUGUAUUUCUAUCCCUUGGUAAAUAUUGCACAAGUUUAAAUUUUUUAUAAAUGUUUUAGGAUGCGCAUGAUGACGUCAUCUGUGCCCUGGUAUGCACUGGAAAGUAUCUGUUUACAUCAUCACAGUCUUGUAUCAAGGUAAAAACUGUCGCAUGCAACCUGCUUACAACUCGAGUUGUACUGUGUAAAUCAAGCACACAACUCACCUACGACAUUACAGGCCUUAUGAAUACGAGUAAUUUUAGGUAUGGGAAACAAAAACCUUAAAAUUUGUUCAUGCCAUGGAAGUUGCUUUGAAUCACUGGGUCCGAGCUCUGGCAGUUGAUUAUUCCAAGGUAUUUAACAUUGGUUAAAUAGAGAAUAAUACAUGGGUGCGCGGAAAUACCAGAUUUAUUUCUCGUGUUGAACAUGAUAUCUCACUCGUUCGCUGCGCUCACCAUGUAUUUUUCUGUUUAUUAUAUCCAACCACCCAUGUAUUUUUCUGUUUAUUAUAUAAAGGAAAGUCUUUGAAAAGCGAUAAUUUUUACAGAAAAGCGAUAAUUGAAAAGCGAUAAUUUUCACAUGUGAGAUUAUCAUGAAUAAUCUCACAUGUGAGAUUAUCACUUUUAUCAGUGCUGGAAAUCUCUAUAAAGCACUAUACUUUAUAUAAUAAAUUACUUUUAAUACUAUCUUAAUUUGUGUUUAUUGCACAGUAAUUUGAUUGUCCUUUACUAGGAGAAAGUCUACAGUGGUUCCCACAAUGCAAUUCACGUGUGGGACGCUACUGGAUCGUUUCAACUCGAUGCUGAGAUAGCACAUGCCUAUGGCUCCGUGUACUCUCUCGCAGUCACCAAGAAAUAUGUCAUAGUUGGUAUGUACUAUUGGGUAGAAGAACUCUAUAUAUUGAAGGAGAGAAUAUCUUCAAUCGGACGCCUUGACCAGACUUAAAAUUGUAACUCCACCAUUUUUUGCCAGAUGAUUCAAACUAUAAUAAGUUUUUAGACGUUCUCUGGUUUUGGGCUUCAUCGGGUGGAUUGAGAGUGUGACCUUGUAAUUCACAGUGGCGGCGCCAGGGGGGGGGCAAGGGGGGGCAAAUGCCCCCCCAAAAUUAUUUUUUGCCCCCCCUCAAAAAAAAUUAUUAGUCACUAAGAGCGACUAAAGGCUACACAAGUGUUCUGUCGUUAUCGGAAAAUGUAUGGCUUAUAAGUUGUCAUUACUCAUUUGUGAAUGCGCGUAUACAUGAAACUGUUUUUUAUAGUUUCAAUAUUAGUUUGUAAAUCUCUGAAUGGUAAAACUUGCCAAUACUCCAAUAAUACGUUUCAAAAAAAGACAAAAAAGCUUUAGUUUUGCCGAGUUAAAUUCUCAAACGUGUAAGGCAAUAAUAAGAUGAAAGUAUCACGAAAUUAUUUGAAUAAACCACAUCGCAUAUAUGGGGGGCGAAUGUCUUAAAGAGGGGCGAUAUUCCUAGGGUAUUCGCCCCACCCCCCUGGGAGGCGAUAUUCCUAGGAUAUUCGCCCCCGGGGGCGAUAUUCCUAGGAAUAUCGCCACGUUUUGAGGGGGGGGGGGGCGAAUUUCCUGGGGGGGGCGACCUUUUUAAAAAUUCGAUCUUGCCCCCCCAAAAUUUGAGUUUGCCCCUCAAAUGCCCCCCCAAAUUUGAAAGCCUGGCGCCGCCACUGGUAAUUCACCCGUUGAGACUGCAGACUGGCAGUCGAAAGCUCGUAAUAAUAUUUAAAAACCAGAGAACGUCUAAAAACUUAUUAUGAAUAAUCCUGGUUUCGCUUCAAACAUAUUUAAAUGAUUCAACCUGUUGGAAAAUACUUUCCAUAUCAACUCAACUCAGUCUCAGAGUUUUGAAGGAUAGUGCAAUAUUAAUACUGCAAACUUUGGCACUAUCUCUAAUAUAGUUUGCAUAAUUAUCAUGAUAGUUUUGAAUUAUAGUUUUUCUUUAGUCUAUUAUAUUUGAUGUAAUAUUUGAAAUCCGACUAUGAGCAGUGGACUAGACUUCAAGUCCGCGCACUGAAUUUGAUCAAGUCCGAGGCGAGGCUGAGGACUGGGUCAAAAUGCGAGGACUUGAAAUCUAGUCCAGUCCGAAUUGGAGGAUUUGAAAUGACAUCUCAUACGAAUAAAUCACUACUGAAUUAGUAGACCUUUCCCCUUUUAAGUGAAAUUUUGAUCUAGACUAGCCUGGACUAAAAUUUCAUCACAGCUUGAAAGAGCAUCACAAAAUUAGUAAUAUUCCGAAGUUUCGUUGCGAAAUGUUGUAAAAUGCGGAUAAUAUAGCCUUGCGAAGUACAAGUUUGCCGUUUUUCAGUCAUUCUGUAUUACAAACGGGAAAUUGAUAAUCAGUUUGGUCAUCUGAUUAUCAAUUUCCCGUUUGUAAUGCAAAAUGACUGAAAAACGGCAAACUUCGCAAGGCUAUAUUAUCCGCAUUUUACAACAUUUUGUAACGAAACUUCGGAAUAUUACUAAUUUUGUGAUGCUCUUUCAAGUUAUGACGAGACUUUUGUCCAGACUUGUCUAGAUCAAAAUCUCACUUAAAAGGGGAAAGGUCUAUUUUGAUCCAGUCCAAGGACUGAAUCAAUGUACUCCACCAGGUAUCCAGUAUUAUCAUGUGAGCAAAAUAAAGCAAUAUGGUCAGCUAAUAAUGCUAAUUUACUCAUGGAUUAUUGAUUUGAGAUUGCAACUGAUCGUGCCAGAUAUCAAAUUCAUUUUAGUCGUGCUUCCCUUUUGUUGUAACAGGCACAUACAAUCGAAAUACUCAUAUAUUCGAGAUUCCAUCGUAUCAGCAUGUCAAGUCAUUGACUGGACACAUUGGAGCCGUUACCGUGGUAACCGCGUCACCUGCUGGUCGAUAUCUGUUCACUGCAUCAAGUGAUUCCACCGCUAUGGUAUGACAUAAUGGAUGAAUUGUAAUAUAUUAUGAGAGGCUGUGUUGUGGAAGAUAUACAAACGUUGUUUAUGAAUUUAUAUUAAGUAUAUCUUUUGUAUUUUCUAGAUCUGGGAUUUAGAGAACAUGCUCCCGAUUCAAGUUUUAACUCGGCACGAAGCUGGAGUGAAUUGUUUGGCUGUUUAUGGCAAUCUGGUUUUCACUGGCUCAGAGGAUAAAGAUAUUAAGGUGAUUACAGUAUUUACCAAAUCUGAACUAUAGACUUGCAAUUUUUAUAAGUAUUGUAUUUGUUUUCUUGAGAAAGUCAAAACAAAUUACGUUUUUUUGUUCGAUGUUUUUAUAGGUGUACAAGUAUUUCAAGCUGUUCACUGCUACUGCAGACUAAGCUCAGAAUGACUGCUUGUUGGAUCAAGGCGGCGUGGACUUUGAUAUCGGGGAACUUAAAGUGCAUAUGACAUGAAAUUUCUUAUUUUCUCAAAUGAAAGAACUCUUUAAGUUGUAGUGUAACUUAUUUUUCAGUUUCUUGUUUUUAUGGUUUGUUCCCGAGAUAUUUCAGUUUGUUUGAUAUGUAAAUGAGUGUGAAUAUGUCCGCUAAUUUAUGACGUCAUGUUGGUUGCAAGCUCAACUUACACUGGUUAUAAAUGUAUUAACUCUAAAAACUGUUGAUAUCAGUUCACGUUUUUCUCCAGUGUUUCAUCACAUUUACCAAUGAGUGAAGUUUGAAAUUAUCAUCUUGGAUGAUAGCAGUGAUAUUCAACCAUUUUAAAGAGCUUGCAACCAACAUGACGUCAUAAAUAAGAGGACAUAUUCACACUCAUUUACAUAUCAAACAAAUCGAAAUAUCUCGGGAACAAAACAUAAAAACAAAGAAACUGAAAAAUAAGUUACCUUACAGCUUAAAGAGUUCUUUCAUUUAAGAAAAUAAAAAAUUUCAUGUCAUAUGCACUUUAAAUCGAAUUAAAUUAAUAGUGUGCUGAAUAAAUAUAAAGCCUGGUUUACACUCUCACAUUUAAAGUUUUCUCAAACAUUUCUUACAAAACCUUCAAAACUUAGAAUUUACCAAUGCAAAAUUUCUAUUGUGAUCACAGAAACUUUGAUAGUGUAAACCAGCGUUAAUUUAAACGUGUAUAGUGCGUGUAUGGUGGGGGGGGGGGGGGCUAGUAGGGCUAUAAGCCAAACCUCCCCACCCCAAAUAAAAGUGUGGCCCAAAAAUUUGUAAUGUUGGACAUUUUAUGGAAGUUAGUCCCCCCCUGUUCCGCCGCCACUGUAAAGACUUAAAGUCCUGUGGGAUUUUAAUUAUUAAUUUAUUUUCUUAUAAAUUUCACUGCAUUGAUAGCCAUGGACGUCGCGCGUUCCCGUUCAUCUAAGGUCUCGAACAAAACUGCUGUACUAUGGAGUGAGAGAACAUAUAAGAUACGAAUGAAAUUAAUUUCGAUACUGCUAACCAAGAAAUUGUAAUAUUAUAAUGAAUUAUUUACCACAAAAAUGUAUUUUAUAAGGCUAUAAAAGCUAUUUUUUAUAAAUAAAAAUAUUGCUAUUUCUGCAACAAGUUUUCUAGUUUAUCAUUCUAUUUCAAGGCAUGUCUGAAGCGAAAGGGCCUGGAAAAGACAAAUCAUCAGGUUGUUUUUUUUGAGGAAAUAAACCUCGUUCCCAGGCUCUUCCUUCCCCCUCAUCGCUUACGGCGCGCUAUCGAGGACAAUUCGUUAGGACGCAUAAUAACGUAACCAUACGAACUAAGAACCCAUAACCAUCAUAAAACUAAGUUUGUCCAAACGGACUGAAUGCAUAUCGAAAAGUAUCUAGUGUAAAAACAACAAAUAGGCAAACAUUUGUUCAGCAGUGUUGUCUGGUUUCAUCCAGUCAAGCAAGUGUCUUGGUUUCCCAGUAAGUCAUUGACAUUAGCAGGAUGACUACCCUCGCUUUUCACCAAAUUAUUUGCAAUUUCGGCCAUGCGACACCAAUCUUCAAAAGUAAAUGAAUUACUCGCCACAACGUGAGGUAUACCCUCUUGAACUCUCUCGAUCAAAUCCCCCGCCGAGACAGGACUCUCGAUUAGCGCCCAUUCUUCUUUUCGCUCCUCGAGUUCGGUCCCUCUUAGGAGCAUCAAUGGAAAAGCUUUAAUAACCGGAACGUUAUGAUCCAAACAAAACUGCACAGUUUCUUUAAAAGAAUCAAGGGUCUGGUUAGGCAGCCCAAAGAUUAUCGACACCUCGUACAACAAAUUCCGAGAAUUUAUAUCAUCUAUGGAACUUUUAAUUCGCUUCAAUGGAUUGCCUCGACGCACGGCUUUAGCUUCGUUGCUGUGAACUGUCUGCAGUCCAAAUUCCAGCUGCACCAAGCCGGUCUCAUUUAACUGUUCACACAAGUCCAGGUACUGUGGCUUGACCAUUUCAAAUCUAGAUUGCAACGAGAUUUUCCCAGGAUAUUUAUUGCGUACAAAACGUCUUAAAACAUCCAGAUAAAACGGUCCAGAAUUGAACGUGGGAUCGAGAACUGCUAAGUCGUUAACAUUAUUCUCACAGAAAAAAUCAAUUUCAUCCACUACUCUCUCGGGCAAUAAAUUUCUCCUUUUCAAAUGAUCGCCACUUUCUCGAUGCUGGCAGAAUGAACACAUGAAUGGACAACCUCGUUGGGUCUCCCAUCGAAUGAACGGUUGUGGUUUGAUCAAACCAGAAAGAUAAGGAGAGGCCAAUUUGUUUAAGUCCACUUGACUUCGCCACCCUAAAUCAGGAUCGCCUCUAUAAUGGACACCUUUGAUUGGUUUGUUUCUUUCUGACGUCAUCAACGUGAACAUUGCAUCUUCAGCAUAGCCUCUGAUAAAGACGUCAGCAAAAGGAUAUUCGCGCUCAAUCCCCGGAGGAGAAUACGACACUUGUGGUCCUCCGACAAUCACACGACCUGGGAAGCCAAGUUGCUUUAGAGAUUCAGUUAUAUUUUGCACUGAUAUUUCAUUCCAAAUAAAAGCGCCGAUACCAAUAUCGGUGUGCGGCAAGCUUCUCCCGAAAGACUUCAGAGUUUUCUCAAUAUCUCCGACGACUUGUGUCCAGCUGUAGGACGGAGAAUUGACGCUGUAUUCCAGUGACGAAACGUUUACGCCCUUUUUCACCAGAUUGGCGAGGAUAGAGGCAUGACCUAGGGAAAGUGGAGGAUCUUUUGGUCGUGUCCAAUCAAGGGACACUAGAAUAAGCCUGCGCCAAAGCAUCAAAGGAUCUGUGAACACAGAUAAGAAUGCCAAGAUUAAAGCCCAGGUCACACUACACAACGAUACAAUAACUUGUAAACACGCGAU